AUGAACCAAACCACGACUCAAAUUAUUGGCAUUCAGCCACAAAAUAAUAAUGGUCAGUUACGAAGACCCCAAAAUAUUGGGGGACCACAAAAUGCUAAUAGACAUCUUCAAAGAACUCCAACCAUUGGCAUGCCGCCUCUCAUAUCCCAGAGCAAUGCAAAUUUAUUCGCCAGUACUUUUAUUGAUGACCUAAUUAACGGAGCUUCCUUCCCAUAA